UCUUCGCUUGUAUAUCUUCUUUCUCCAUCUGGACAUACAUACACUCCUCUGCACCCACUUUCAUUUACCCACUCUCUUUCUCUACCUCUCUUCACCACCACUACCCUUCGCCCGCCGUCUGCGCACUGUCACUCACCCCUCUCCACUACCAAAGAGGUCCACUGUCCUCCUUUCUUCUUCCUCUUCUUCUUCUUCUUCUUUCUCCGACAAUGCCAGUCAUCAACGGCGAAAAGUAUGCCUGCCUGUCGUGCAUCAAGGGUCAUCGCGUCAGCGGCUGUCAACACCAUGAUCGUGAGCUUCAGCAUAUCAAUCCCAAGGGCCGCCCUGUGAAACAGUGUGACCACUGCCGCGCCAACCGCAAGACCAAUUCCCUCCAUGGUCGCUGCGAUUGCAAGAGAGACAGAAAGGGUGAUUUCAAGCUAGGGGAUGUUAGUGGAGCUGACUGCGCUUGCCAUACUGGCUCGAAAUGUCUUUGCGGCUCCAAGAAGAACCCUGGUCUGCGCGUCGAAACUUCGAUGAAGGCGAAACCUCGUCUGACCUCCACACAAUCCGAGAGCACCUUGACCGUCUUCGCCAAUGGCCACCACAAACCCGUCCACCACCGAAACAACGCCCAUCACAAUACCGGCAUGCCGUACAAAGUACCACAUCGUCAUACUGUGCAUGGCCACGGUCCGUCCUUUGGUGCGCAGCAUUCAGACUCGAACGACAGCGUGAACAACAUCUACGGCAUGCCUGCGAAACGGCGAUCUUUGGAUCACCUGGGUAUCACGGAACGAGAGGCUGAGUCUGAAGCCUCGGAACUGUAUGCGAAACCACUCUUCGCAGGAAUCGCAACAACGCCCACACUGAUCUCUGGUCCCAACUCGCCCAUCGAUAGCACUCUACCGCUGCAUAAUUGGCCUUGGACUCGCAACGGCUUGCCCUCGGCCUACAGUACGUAUGGCAGCUUCUCCACUUCGCCCUCGGGCGAUUACAUGUCACACGACAGCGACUGGGCUAUUCCCUCCGCUGGUCUGCAGCCGUCGUGGUCGGCAACGGACUUGCCACUUGUCCCGGAGAAGCUCGUAGAUGCUGUGCCGCAGCCAAACUCGCACAGUGGAGAUUCCAAUCGUGCCAGCGUUCCAGGUUUGAGCACCUCUUCAUCCCAGUCGGAGGUUGGUGAGCCUAACUUUUUUGGAGAUCUGGAUCUCAAGUCUACCCAGACGGCCAUCGCGGAUCAUGCCUGGGAAGACGCUUUUCACUAUCACAAAUCGCGUGCUUACCGUGUCUUGAGCAAUGCCUCCACCCCGCCAGAUCUCCGCCAAGCCCCAACCUCUGUACCAGACACACACAGUCGCAACUCUUUGGACCUGGACUACCUGAGACGUACAAGCCCUCCAGUCUCCACUGAGCUUGAGAGCAACUAUCUCGCCCAGCAGCAGCAGCAGCAGUACGGGAACCCGCUCAUGGACAUGGUGCCACAGGAGAAGGCACCCGCAACGCCCACGAGCACCCCAUUCAUGAAUACAGAAAUGGAAAGCCAGCCUCGAUCCAUGCCCUUGGGUCCAGUGGAUGAAGGUAGCACAGCGAUGAAUUGGCUAAACUACUCCGACUUCCCUUCGUCCACUUUCGACAACACCGAAGUCCCUGCAUACAGCUUCGGUGAUAAUUUCUCGUAAGGCUGCAGAUGAUCCGGUCGUGGAAACCGCGGAAAUCCUUUUUUUCUCUUCUACUAUUUCCUCGUAACGACGCCAUGAAAUCAUGCCGCCCUGUUCAUAG